UCCACUCGUUUGCGCAUGCGCAUGCCGUACAGCUGCAGCCAACAACAACAGUCUCAACGCUGUCCUAUCAUUCCAAGAUGGCGGACCUCCUAGGCUCAAUAUUAAACUCGAUGGAGAAGCCUCCAACUGUCGGCGACCAGGAAAGCCGGCGAAAGGCUCGAGAGCAAGCUGCAAGACUCAAGAAGAUGGAGGAACAUGAGAAAAGAAAGAAAGCUGAGUUUAGGAAAAAGAUGGAGAAAGAAGUGUCGGAUUUCAUUCAAGACAGUACACAACAGAAACGAAAAUACAGUCCUAUGGGGAAGAUUGAGAGGAGUAUACUGCAUGACGUUUCAGAGGUGGCCGGUCUGACUUCUUUUUCUUUUGGGGAGGAAGAAGAGAGCCGUUACGUCAUGCUUUUCAAGAAGGAGUUUGCUCCAUCAGAUGAGGAGCUGGAAGCCUAUCGCAAAGGAGAGGAGUGGGAUCCCAAGCUGGCAGAGCAGCGGCGCAGACUCAAAGAACAGGCUGCAUUGGAAGAAACAGCAUCCAGUCAGACAAAGAAAACAGAACUGUGUCCUACCACCAACUACAGGGACAAGUACAGCCACCUGAUUGGCACCUCAGCUGCCAAAGAUGCAGCACACACACUAGAAGCCAACAGGGCUUAUGGUUGCGUCCCAACAGCCAACAAGAGAGACACCCGCUCCAUAGAGGAAGCCAUGAACGAAAUCAGAGCAAAGAAACGGCAGAAGCAGGAGGACGACUCGGGGGCCACCAGCAGCAGCUCUUGAGACUCCUCUGUGUGUGUGUGUGUGUGUGUGUGUGUGUGUGUGUGUGUGUGUGUGUGUGUGUGUGUGUGUGUGUGUAUUACUGUGUCCAGUCUGGUUCAUUCUAUAAUGCAAUAUCUUGUACUUCACACAUUUAAAAGUGUAACUUGUAUUUCAUGCGGGAUGUCACUCUGAAUGUGUUGAACACAUGAGAUUGUGUUUAGUGGAGGAAGCUCAGGUGAGUCUAAAUCCAGGAGCUGAAUUUUUUGUAGGUGUUUCACGUUUGUUUGGGACUUUCUCGCAGUUGUUAAGCUUCUCUUACACCUUAGGGAUCCUAUUCAUUUUGAGAAAACUGGAUUUCAUUUUAAAACAAUGUUCAUUGGUGUUCUGAUACUUAAAAACACCUUACAUUUGUUCAAAUAUAAUUUUUGAAUUCCAUUUUUAGCAGUGGCUGACUGCCAGAUGCAGAUUUGCGUCUACAGUCCUAAGUGACAUUUUUAUCAAUCGAGUAUUUACAAUUUUCAGCUGUGGCCAGGCCGGAUUUUAAAAGCAACAUUUUAGGCAAAGCAUGGCUAAUGUCAGUGCUCCCAGAAUCCAGUGCAGCUUUUAAAGGGAAACAGGAAUGCCGUCUAUUGACCUGCUUUUAUUUUUUUUACUCUCAACCAGUUUCAGAUCUUAACAGAGUUGGACGCAUGCCAUUUCCUCCAUUUCAAGAGGAAUCUCAUUUUUAGAAAAUUCAAUGUUUUGUGGAUUUUAGGAAUUUGUGAUUCAGUCCGAGAUGUUCUUUGUUUUGAUGCAUCUGCAAUGACUGUGAAUCAGGCUGUUACUCCAAACUAAAUAUUUUAUUAUGAAUCCAGGUGACAAUAGGCAUCACAGCAGGGAGCAGACCGUAUCAUUGUAGGAACAUUGGUCACAUCUGUUUUGUUUGAUAAUUGAAGUAUGUUUCUUGGCAUCUUGUUGUGUAUUUUAACAUGGACGCACUGUUUUUUUCCCCCUUGUGUGUUAUUAAAUGGAGAACAGUACAUACA